UUGCUUCAAGAACCUUUGCCAGAAGGCUCUCUGCCUCCAGACCCAUUGCCAGAAGACCCUUCGCCGAAGCACUCUGCGCGGGGAGACCCUCUUCUGGGUGACCCUGCCCUGGAGGCUCCGUUUCUAGUGGACCCUCCGCUCGAUCAAUCUUUCCUGGAAGACUCCUCGCUCAAGCAUCCUUUUCAAGAAGACUCUUCAUUUGGAGGGCCUUUGAUGGAGUACCCUUUCUUAGGAGACCCUUUGCUGGAUCCACCUUCACUCGGACACCCUUUGCUAGAAGGCCCUUCUUAUUUCGAGGCCUCUGCGUUUCAUGGUCCUGCGUUAGGCGGCCAUUUCCCAGAAGACAUCUCUCUAGAGGACUGUCCGCUCGAGGACGAUUCUGACGAUGGCUGUGCUUCCGAGGACUCAACGUCCGAAGACGAUUCUCCGGGAGAAACUUCGCUGGACGGAAGCUCUCUCGAGUCGUCUCUGCUGGACGACGAUUCUCUAGAAACCCCUUCACUAUACGACGCCUCUCCACACAGCCAGUCGCCGGGGUCUUCCUCUGGGGAAGAUCUAUCUCAGGACGAGUUUCGUGAAAAUCUUCCAGUCCAAGGCCCUUCACUGGUUUCUGCCUCGCCGGUGCCUUCCUUGAGCCUCGCCAUGAGUUCGCCCUUUUGCCUCGCGCCGGUGUAUGGCACCACGUGUACGCCCGUGUACUUCAUGCUGCUGCCAGACGGGAAGACUCCCAGUGGAAUAUCGGCCGAGAAGGCGGUGACCAGCCCCGCCCCGUCCUGUGACCCGCGCCCGACCCCACUCCCGUCUCAGCCCGCACCGUCUGGCAACGCUUGGGACACGAUGCGGGAGCUGGUGCCUCUCGCCGGGCGACGGCAGUCAGUGCGCCGUCGACCAUCCCUGCGGUGUGGGCCGCCUCAGCGCACCUACGAAGGCAUCGCGCGGCGGGCCUCUGUCGCUGCCCCUUGGAAGAAACAGCAGGUGGCGACGAGGACGGUGCCAGAACAUUGGUACGGGGCGGGAAAGAAGUUGUCCCAGCCCUGGAAAGAAACAGUAUCGUUGCUACGGACACCAGCUAAAACAGGUGCGUCUGCGAGGAACAGUGCGGAUGUGGCGGCGACGAAGGGCCGCUGGAUGCGGAGGCGUCCGACGAAAGCUGACGUGCCGCCGAUGCCGAAAAAGAUGAAUCGCUGCGGUAGGUGUGAGGUGUGCUCCAAGACUUACAAACGGCUCGAUAAGCACAUGCUUGUCCAUUUGCAGUUGCGGCCUCACGAGUGCCUGGUCUGCGGCCGGCGCUUCACCCAGAGCGAACACUUGAAGCGGCACCAGCAAAAGCACGCCGAGACGAUGGACCCGCUGCGCCAGUGCAAGUGCACUGAGUGCGGCAAGGUGCUGAGUCGCCGCGACAAGCUCAAGGACCACCUGAGCCAUGCCCACGGAAUCAAGAGCAAGCCCGCUGUCUGUGAUUGACUCUCCUGCACGCGUCUUGCCGUCGGAGACUUUACCUGUCGAGUGCCAGUUGGUCACUUACCGGCAGGCCAGUUUUACUGUACGACACUCACGCUUAAUUCUUGUGGCCCUUUUUUUUUUCAUGCAUAAUUAUGCAUGCACUGAUAUGCACGUGAGGUAUGUACAACAUCGGGCAUUGCUGUCUACAUUUAACGCAUCUUUCUGUCUUAAAUAUGCACACUGAUGCGUCAUUAUUUACACACCUUACGUACGUGUCUCUGGAUGCAUAACUACGCAUAGAGGGGCUUAAUAAUGCAUUUAAAAAGUCGACAAGAGUUUAGUGUGUCGUGCUCUGCGUUUCCUGUCGGGUUGAAUUUGUAGCUUGCCGAUACACUUCGGUUCUUUUAUUUCGUAGGAAAGAAUGGAAGUUGAAUUGCGACCAAGUUUUGUGUCCAAUUCUUACAAAGCCGAAACUUACACGGGAAAUUCUAUUUCUUACUUUGUGUCUCGUAGCGUAAAUGCAGGUAAACUCCUGCUGAGUUUGAUUAUUUGCCAAGAAUGAGAACCUUAGCUGAAGUUUGAUGUAAGGAUGCUAUGUUUUUUUUUCUUUGUACACAAGAUUUUUAAAACAUUUUAUUGAUUUUACGAGGGUUUUACUAAUGAAUCAAACUUUCCUCAUUCUCGUCAGUUCCAUGGUCCUGCCCUCAAUAAGUAUCCGCAAUAAUUUACUUUGAAAUCGAAGCAAACUAACAGCUACGUUCUUGCUUGAUAGUUGCUUGACCGAUAGUCACAUAUAUGUCGCAAUUGAACUUCCUAUGUUUUAUUGAACGUGUACCUCAUUUUCUGUCUGGAUCGGGCCUUACUGCAGAAUAUCAGAGGGUGCCAUUUUGCACUUGGAAAAAAAAACUGUAAUGAAACUUUUAGCAUGUACUAGCCGCCUGAAACUUAAGGACUGGUUGAAUAUUUUCAAAUGUGAUAUGUUAAGUCUAAUCUUUUUUUCUUUAUUUUUAUUUUGCUCAUGUUUUUGUACAACGCCUAUUGCAUUAGCUAAUUUGCGAGUACGUUGCGCAAAUGACAUUUGGUUCUCUGUUCAUAGGCAGCGUUGUGGACUGUUAACGUACGAUGUUCGGGUCCAUCUGCGUAGCAUUUGCAAAGCCGUUAGGCUCAACAGCACUGUACCUCGAUGAAGUAGGUCUCAGUGACUUGAUAAUCUGUGAUUUAUUUUAUAUUUUUAUAAUCACCGUGAGUGUUUUGCUGCAUUGUAUUAAAAUGCCUUUUUUUCCUG